AUGUCUUAUCGAAACAGUUAUAGUCGACAAGACGGCGGUGGUGGUCAUCGCGGACGACGCAAUCACUAUGACAACAACAGUAGUCAUCGUACAAAUGACUACGCAUAUGCCAAUUAUAAUCGUUCGCAUAAUCUCACGGAAGAAGAAGAAAAACUCGUAAACCUCGGACGCUCGGAUCUAUUCGAAAAGGAAUUUCGGUUUCCUCUAUGUACAGUUCUUAAAGAUCAUACACAGAUAACAGAACAAUUAUUUCGAACACCACGUUGGACCAUUUCAGACUUAAUGAUUUUUAAAUCUCAGCUAAACAUUACUCGCGAUAAAAUGAACGAUAAAGAUCGAAAAAUUUGGCAAGAACACACAUAUAAAACGAAUAUGACUGGAAAAAUAGCUUUUUCGUUACGUAAACAAUUUAAUAUUGAAAUGUGCACGAAUGCGUGGAUUAAAAUGGCCGAAAUAUAUGCCCGAUAUCCGGGUUUGAUACCACCAAGUAGUAAUGAAAUGAGGAAACAAUCAGAAACAAAUCGACCCAUAUUCCAAUCGAUACAUCUCUGUGAAGCACCAGGUGCUUUUAUUUGUGCUACGAAUUAUUAUCUUCGAAAACGAUUUCAACAGACAGUUGACUGGCAAUGGACGGGCUUAUCCUUAAACCCCUACUAUGAGGGAAAUGACACAGCAGCUAUGAUUGAUGAUGAUAGAUUUAUCGUUGAAACAAUAAAAAACUGGUAUUUCGGUGUUGAUAAUAGCGGAAAUAUUUUAAAGCCAGAGAACAUCAGAGGCCUUUGGAAUAUAUAUGCCGGAUCAAAUAAGGUAACACUUGUAACUUCUGAUGGAGCAGUAGACGCUUCGGGUGAUCCGAAUGAACAAGAAGCUCUAGUAAGUGAACUUCAUUAUACUGAAGCUGUUGCAGCUAUGGGAGCGCUAAAAGAAAAGGGUAGUUUUGUUUUAAAAAUGUUUAAUUUAUUUGAAUGUGAAAGCGUAUGUUUACUUUAUAUUCUUUCGCUACACUUUAAUGAACUGUACGUUUUUAAACCAGCUUCAUCGAGGACAGUUAAUGCCGAAGUCUAUAUUAUUUGCAUAGGUUUUCGUGGUAUAUCUGAUAAUGUUUUGCAACAUUUGUUGAGCUAUAUAUCCCCUUCAUUUCCUAAAGGCCUUGCUAUGUUACCUCAAGAUUCUAUCCCGUUAAGUUUUCUUGAAUCUCUAAUCAUUUGUGCUGAAAAAUUUACUAAAAAACAAAUUGAAGCAAUUGAACGUAAUUUAGAACUAGAACAUGUAAUGAAUUAUAAUGUUGCAAAAGCUCUUGAACGACUUGCAUAUGAUGUAAAAGAUCAGUUUAUUAAUAUUUGCAGUAUAAUAUCUUUGAGUUCCGGUUUUCGUAUUGUAAAUCAUUUGGAACUUGAUGGAUCAGCUAAACAUUUGGGCAAUAGUGCUUCACUUGUCCGAGGUGGUCUUCGACAACGUUUAGGCGGUACACUUGAAGAUCGAAUGAAAAAAACAGAAGACCGAAAAGAAUUUCUAAGUGGAGUUACAGCUUCAAACACUUCUGGUAAACGUAAAUUAGACGAAAAAGAUGAAGAUAAUCUACCGGCUACUAAAAAAAGACAAGUAGCAGAAAUUGAUAAUUCUAUAAAAGCAAUGUCAAUCGGUGAAAAAUUAAUGAAAAAAGCUGGUUACGUUGAAGGACGAGGAUUGGGUGUGGCAGAGCAGGGUCGAACACAGCCAAUAGAAGUUUCAUUGCAGGAUAAUCGUGCAGGAUUAGGACGUCAUAAAAAAGGAACAACUACCGGCGACACUCUCGUUGCCGUGGACGAACCGUUCUUUAUAGAUUUUGAUCACUCACCUGCAAGAUCGCGUACUUCGAAAGAAAUGAAAGUAUUAGGUAUUGACCAAAAAUCGAUUGUAGGUGUAGCAGAUAAAAUACAAGCUGUAAUAGCAUCGAUAUUUGUUUCUGCUGAAGAUUUAGAAACAUUGUAUCGGAAACGAUUAGAAGCUUAUGAACAAGGUCGAAUACCAUUUCAGAAACAUCUGUUUUUGAGUGAAAAUUUGGAUUUAUUGAAUGAUCCACGUUUCAGUUAUCCUCAAACAGCAGUUCAGUUAGCAUCAGUAGACGCCAUCUUAAAAGUUGUUAGUGGACUAAAACUAGCCAAAGACGGUUCUCCACUAUCAUUUAUUGUUGACGAUCCUGGCUUUGCUGAAUACAUCAACUGGCAGCAAACGGGUAAUGUACGUGGUUUUGUCUUCACCGAGCAGCACCACGUAUUUCAAACAGCACGAAACCGUCAAAUAGAAUGUUGUAACUCCGACACUGAAAUUCAUCAAAAAGUUGUUUUCAUGUCAGCUGAUGUCAGUGUACCAUAUGAAACCGUAGUAAAAACUCAUUAUGUUGAAUAUGAGAAUAAGCAGAAAUUUGCUCGUGUUUGUCAACAAGUUUUUAAACUUCUCGAUCGUAGUGGUAAUUUUGUCUGUAAACUUCUUGAUUUAUUUACACGCUUUACAGCUGAUCUCGUUUAUUUAUUGUAUAAAUGUUUUAGAUCUAUUACAAUUAUUAAGCCGUUUACAUUAAAUCCGGCUUGUUCAGAUAGAUUUUUAGUUUGUCAAGAUUUUCUUGGUAGUGAUGAAUUAAGAGGAGUUGAGAAACAUCUUGAUGAUGUUGUAACACAGCUUAGCAUGGAAAAUGAUGUUGUUGAAAUUCUGCCGAUAAGUUGUUUAUUGGAAAAAGAGUUUCAGCAGUAUUUAGUUGAUACAGCUCAACGUUUGUUACAACGAGAAAUACAAACUUUGAAAAAAUUAUUAGCCGAUGGUAGUGAGGUUAGUUCUAUUGGUGAAAAACAUUUAGAUGAAGCAAAAAAAUUAAUUUUUUGUAAUGAACGCAGAACAGUACCACCGGAUGAUGAGCCAGUGCUGCCGGAUGGUUGGAUAAAGCAGUGGAGUAAAAGAGAAGAAAACUUCUAUUAUUUUAAUGUAAACACCGCAUCCACAACGACCAAACUUCCGCAAUGUUAUAACGACAUCAGUGGAAUAUUUUUGAGAAAAUUUACUCAUCCGAAUACUGGUGGUUAUUCAUUAUUAUUCUAUUUUCCAUUAAAUGGUGUUCUUCAAGUUGAUUCAGACGAAAAACGUUAUGCUAAUCAAUAUUAUGGUAAAUAA